UCUUAGCAACUUAUUAUUCAUCACAAUUCACAACUACACAACAAAUUAAAACCUCUUUUAGUAAUCACUCCAUUUUUCCUAAGAAAAAAAAAUCAUGUCUUGCUGUGGAGGAAGCUGUGGCUGUGGAUCUGGCUGCAAGUGCGGCAGUGGCUGUGGAGGAUGUGGGAUGUACCCCGACUUGGAGAGCACCACUACCUUUACCAUCAUUGAGGGUGUUGCACCUAUGAAGAACUAUGGAGUGGCUGAGGGAGUUGCUGAGAAAGCAACAGAAGGAGGAAAUGGCUGCAAAUGUGGAUCAAACUGCACAUGUGACCCUUGCAACUGUUGAGACACCAAAAUGUCUCUUUUUCUAUUAAUUAUUACUACUGUGUGUUUUAAUAAAAUCACUAAGCCAAUUGAACUGACCAUCUGCAAAUCUUUUUUACAAAGGUUUGUCUGAUGUUUAGUUCAUGGCUUUUUAUGUUUGGUUUUCUAUGUUCUCAUUAGUUAUAUUUGUAUUGAAGGAAGUUCAUUUGGGCUUGUAACACACAACUUUAUCAAUAUGAAAUACAAGUUGGCUCCUCCUUUUUACUA